UGAUGUCGCACUUAUUGCUGGCAGUGGCACUGGAUGGCUGGAUGACUAAGCGAGGAACUGAUUGCCGAUUGGGACACCUACUGUUCUGCCGAAUGCGAAUAUCGAAUACAUAACCCCUAUCCAUUCAGGAAAUAAUCUAUGUUCAACCGGAGACUUGAGGAGCGAUGACUCCUGUGCAAAUGGCUGUUGCUCGGAUUGGAACUACACAUACCAAAGGGUUGGCAUGAUGCGAACUCCUUGAUGUUGCGUAUGGAAUUUGAAGGGGCAAAUGUCAACCUGUACGGAAUACGGAAUACGGAAUACGGAACACUUCCGUAAACCAUUAGUAAAAGCCGGCAUCGUAUCUCCACAAGCCACAAGAUAUUAGAAAGUUAAGACUACAGAGAAAUAUGGCCUCCAUCCCCAUCAUGCCUUCAACCACAUCGACGCCCUCGUCUGCUCUUCCCGCACACGCCUCACCCGCCUUCCACCCGGUCUCCUCCCCCCAACCACACGAUCAGUCAUCCCGCUCGACUCCCAAUGACUUCUCCCUAACCCACAACCACCAUCCUCCCUCCCCCCCCUCCUCCUCCGCCCCCUCACACCCCCUUCCCCCCCACGACCGUCUCCACGACCCUCCCCACGACCCACCUCCCUCCCUCAUCUCCCCCGCCUUCACCCCUCCUACCACCCCGGGCACCACCACCCCCCUCUCCCGGCCCCCCACCUCCAUCCCUAUCGACCACACCCUCCCCACCCCGCCACCUCGCCUCGUCGACGCCCUCCCCCGCGUCGAAUGCGUCGUCCGCGCCCGCAUCCCCACCACCACCGGCACCGAAAUGUAUCUCUACCUCUACCACAACGACGCCGACGCCAAAGAGCACCUCGCCAUCGUCUUCGGCUCGCAUAUCCGAUCCCGCAGCCUCGACCUGCCGCGGCCCGGGGAAACUGAGAUGGACCGCAUGAUCCGUGGCGCGUAUGUCGGCCGUCUGCACCCGGGUCGGACGAGUAGUCGCGUCGAUCAGAUCAAGCAGGAGGAACGCGCCGGGGAGGAGCUCCCGUCGCAACCGCACAGCGACGCGCCCCUCGUGAGGAUCCACUCCGAGUGCUACACCGGCGAGACGGUCUGGUCCGCGCGCUGCGACUGCGGCGAGCAACUCGACGAAGCCGCCCGGCUAAUGUCCCUCCCCUCUUCCAACGGCGGCGCGAUCGUCUACCUCCGCCAAGAAGGCCGAGGGAUCGGCCUCUCGGAAAAACUCAAAGCAUACAACCUGCAAGACCUCGGCAACGACACGUACGAAGCGAACCUGCUUCUGCGCCAUCCCGCGGACGCGCGCUCGUAUGGGUUGGCGACGGCGAUGUUGGUGGAUUUGGGGCUCGGCGGGGAGACGGGGAUCCGGCUGUUGACGAACAAUCCGGAUAAGGUGCGGGCGGUGGAAGGCCCAAGGCAGGAGAUCGUGGUGAAGGAGCGGGUGGCGAUGGUGCCGUUGAGUUGGCGGACCGGGGGGGUGAGCGGGGUGAAGGGGCCGGAGGUGGAGAGGUAUUUGAGCACGAAGGUGAGUUUUUUAGCCACUUUGGCAUCGGAACGAAUCGUACUGACUCGGGGCGUAGAUUGAAAAGUUCAAGCAUAUGUUGUCGGCUGGGUGAGCGAUUCGCCCAGAGGCGGGCGAGUUCCGUUUCAGCAUUUCAGGCGUGUUCUGG